AUGGCGAUCACUUUCGCCGGCUGGAAGAAGACGCGCAGCAAAAGCGUGCGGUUAGGAGGCCAAGCCUACGCGCAGCCACCGGAAACGCAGUACGAACGGAAUCAGAAAUGGAUUGCGUUGAUGUGGAGAAGCUUAACAAAUACAGGAAAGAAGAAGAGAUGGUCGUCGUACGAUCGCGACAGUUACCUGCAGAAUUUUGACGAAGGAAUCGAGCAGGUUGAGGAGCCAGAGUACUUCCGAAGGUCUUUCUCCGCCAAAUACGCGAAUCCAUCGUCGUCGCCAUUUCCUCCUGUUUUCGAUUUGAUCAGAAUCAAUGAAACAGAAAACAGAACUCGAAAUUCACCACGAGGCGAUACCUGUUGUAGAAGUUGGUGGACAGGUUAAUGAAUGUCUGAAGCCCUAGCUUUUCGUAGAGAUUCGUCC